AAAGCUGUUGGCGCUGAUACCCUGCCCGUAACCAAUAUGGCGGCCACGGCCAACUAAGGCCGCUUUACUGUGCUCUGUUCUCAUUGGAUCCCUGUGAUCACAUGCGUAACACGAGCCGGCAGUCUGGACUGUGGCGAGCCUCAUGCAGAGCCCUGAUUGGCGGAGGGACCGUUCGGCGCGCGUGACAGAGAGCAAGUUCAGAGGAAAAGUUCUUCCUUAGGUAGAGCGACUGUCCGGCGCGGCUCCGCCAUUACUUGACCCGCCCCCUUCGGCUAUGAGUGGCAUCCACCAGAGCCGCUCAGCGCUGCGAUACUGACACCUGCAGCGCAUCGCCUGAGACAGGUCCGCAUGGGGAAGGCAGCAAAGGCAUGGCCCGCAAUUGGACCACAGCGACUACAUCCCGCAGUAAUUUCCUGACCUGAUUUGGAUGAAAGCGACAGAACAACUCUUAGUUCUUAGGAAGUUCACAUAACUUCUCCCCAUUUUUAUAGCAUAUAUUUAUGAUAAACCUUAAACAGCCUCAGAGGUUGGGCAGGCACAAUAAAGUACAGAACCGCCAAGCCUCUUUCCUGGGAAGAGAGAUGCCCCCUCACUCUUUGUAUUAAUAGUUUGGUAGUUUGAAAUAUUUCUUCUUUUGGUGAUGAAGGAUUUUGCUAUUUUUGUUUUAAUGAGAGUCUUAAAAGCACCCUUGUGACCUUUAUUCCAAAACAUUCACAGCUUGACAUCCCUUAAGACUUUUACUAUAAACUUCCUCACACAAACUUCACUUCCCACUAGAUCUCUCUUGGGGAGUGUUCCCAGUAUAUGCAUUCUCCUCAUCAUGGCUUUCUUCCGUCCCACUAGCUUCUCGGGUUUGCAGACUUUGUGGAAAUACCCCAUGUUUUGGCCUGUUCCAAGGCGCCAACAGCUGUUUGCUGUCAUCUUCCAUCUCCCGAACAGGAAACAUGUUAAAUGUUUCCCUUUUACUACCACUUCUCAAUCCGCAAUACCAGUGGAUCCCAAAGCAACUCAUAUGCUAACUACUAAGACCAGAUCUAAAGGUAGAGAUGGAGAGGAAAAGGAGGGCAGGGCCAGAGAAGACACCUCUUCUCCUCAUCCUUUUUCCCUGUUCUCUGCUGGAGCUGCCAAGAGGAGAUCAAAGAACCAAGAGGAACUGCUCAUGAUAUCUAAAAAGAAUGGUAUCCGGCCCCCAGAAAAACCUUUGAGUGUGGCGGAAUGGGAAGAGCUGAGGGGAGAAUUUAAGAGAAUUAGCAAGUUUGAAGAAGUAAUGCUAGAGCAAAUGAUCAAAUGCAACAGCUCCAUAGAUGUGGCCAAGUCCUUGCUGUCUAUGGUGGCAAUGAGAAAAGGUGACAUCAGUUAUAAUUUAUUGGUCAAGUACCUGGCUCUGUGUGUCCGGCAGGAACAGAUGGCCGAAGUUUAUGAUGUCUAUGAUAUAAUGAAAGUCAGAUUUAAGACUUUAGAAACUGGGGCUUACAGCCUUCUAAUCAAGGGGCUGAGUGGUUCCAAUCGAUGGAGAGAGGCCUUGUCGCUACUGGAAGAGAUAAAAAAAGUCAUGAUCCCAUCAAAAGGGAACUAUGGAGAUUGUAUCAAAGGGGCCCUCAAUAACCAAGAAAUAAACUUGGCAUGUGAACUGUAUCAUGAAAUGCUGGCUAAGGGUUUGAUACCAAACUUGGAUACGCUGCAGGUCCUUUUUGAUACUGGCAAAUGUGUGAAGGACGAUCAGUUAAAAAGUGAACUCUUAGGAAUCCUCUUGUAUCUGAGAGAAAAUCAACUAUAUCCUGGAGAAGCUCUUAUGCAGAGCAUAAAGCUAUGGUUUGAAAGCAUUCCAGGAGAGAAAUGGCAAGGACACUUAACUACCAUUAAAAAUAGUGGAAAAUGUCCAGUUUGUAACCAAAACCUGGAAGCUAUUCAUCUGAGCCAAGAAGAGUACAAUGCACUCAAGGAAAAAAUAAUAAAAGAUGUGAUCCAGGGAACUGAUACAUUCAGGAAGACAACUCCUCAGGAACUUAAAGAAUUUCAAAACUUUGUGGAAAAUCAUCCUCCGUAUGAUAUUGUGAUAGAUGGACUCAAUGUUGCUAAUGUUUCUAACAAAAGGAGCCAAUCUCAAACUGUAAGUGCGGGUUAAUUAUUCAUAAGGAGU